AUGGGUUUUCGACUAAUUUCCGUCCCUAAAGUUUUCCUACGCAGUCGCACGCUACGCAAAUCUUCCAUCCACCAUGUUCGCCAUCAGUCCUGUUCCAGUGCCGGACCAAGUUCGAACGAAAUUAGGCAACAGUUCAUAGAUUACUUUACGGGCAAACACAAUCAUCGCUUGCUACGGUCGAGCUCAUUGAUUCCUUACAACGACAGUACAAUCGCAUUCGUCAACGCUGGUAUGAAUCAGUUUAAAAACAUCUUCCUUGGCGCUAUCGAUCGACCAUGCCCACGAGUGGUCAAUUCCCAAAAAUGUGUCCGAGUCGGUGGAAAACAUAAUGACCUCUCCGUCGUCGGCACCGACAGCUAUCAUCACACGUUUUUCGAAAUGCUUGGCAACUGGUCGUUCGGAGAUUACUUCAAGCGGGAAGCCUGCGAAAUGGCUUGGGAUCUAUUGAGAAAUGUGUACCGUAUCGAUGCCGGGCGAAUUUACGUUACUUACUUUGGAGGAGAUACUAAGCUCAACUUACCGGCCGAUGACGAGUGCCGUGAGAUUUGGUUGAGUCUAGGCAUUCCAAAGGAUCGAAUUCUUCCCUUCGGUGCACGUGACAACUUUUGGGAAAUGGGAAAUUCUGGUCCGUGCGGUCCCUGCACCGAAAUACAUCUUGAUCUGUCCAAUGAAUACAGACAUACAGAAGCUAGACGACAUUUGGUAAAUGCCGGCGUGCCGGAUCUGACCGAGAUCUGGAAUAUUGUAUUUAUUCAAUACAAUCGGUCACUAAUAGACGGAUCGAUAAACAAUCUACCUCAGCAUCACGUGGAUACAGGAAUGGGCCUCGAGCGGCUGGUUGCUCAUUUGCAAGGAAAGAUGAGUAACUACGAUACGGAUUUGUUCAAUCCUGUAUUUCAAAGAAUCCAGAAGGCCUCAAAGAAAAACCCUUACAGUGGAUGUUUUACCAGCAACGAAAGUAAUUAUGAAUUAGACACUGCCUAUCGAAUUUUGGCGGACCACAGCCGAAUGAUAACGGCUUGUUUGGCUGAUGGGAUGUUUCCUUCACAAAACCACAAACUUCGACGAAUCAUUCGAAAAUCGCUCGCCCUUGCAAAUGGUGCCUUUCAGUGUCCGCAGCUUCUUAAGGAAACCAUACCUGCCGUGGUGGAAAUUCUUGGUGACGUUUAUCCCGAAAUGCGCACAAACUUGCCAGCUACACUCCAAAUCAUUGAUCAUGAACAACAAUCCUACAACCAACUCCGUUCAAAACGGUCUGCCGAAACGGCGUCCCUUCUGAAAAGUUUCCCCAUGCUUGAAGAAUCGGAAGUUCUCGAACACGCAGGUCUUCCAGGGGCCAUCAAGGAGUUAGUUCAAACUUCCCCGACCGUACUAACCGGUCAGGCCAUACACAAAAUGUUCGAUACUUACGGAUUAGACGAAGAGCUACUAGUCAAGUUGGGUGAAAUGUUGAAAUUCUCCCUCGACUUCCGGGACUACGAUCGAUACGUGCGAGAGUUGAAAGACGGUCACAAGCACGAGCUUGCAACGAAAUUGCAAGAACGCCUUUCGGCGUUCCAAAGCAUCAAACAAUCGCUUGAUGAAGCGAGCCUGAAGCCGACACGGGAUGAGCGAAAAUAUAAUUACACGUUUAACCAGGAAAAGGGCGUGUACGAUGUCGCCCCUUGUCAGACGCGCGUAAACCUCCUUCUGGAAGAUGAAACUAAUCGCCUGCUACAUAUCGUGACCGAACAGAGCAACUUUUACUGUGAAUCAGGCGGUCAACAAGGUGACAUCGGACGCCUAGUCAUCCAAGAAGGCAACGCUGGGGAAACAAAAUGCGUCGACAUCGCUUCCGUCAGUAAGCACAACGGGUUCAUCGUACAUACGGUUGAGAAUAAAACGAAUACACCUCUUGCCAUCGGUGACCGGGUUGUAUUGCAGGUAGACUCGAAUCGCCGGACACUGCUUACGGUGCACCACACUGCUACCCAUUUGCUCAACGCGGUCGUGCGAAAAGUUGUCGCCCUGCCGAUGUGUCAAAGAUCUAGCGCCGUGUCGGAGAAGGGUCUUCGACUGGAGCUGGCCAUCAGUGGCGAUAAAAUAACGCUCGAUCAGGUGGCAACUAUCGAGGCGGAAGUGCGUGCCGUUAUAAACCAAAACCAACCGACGAGUGUCAAUGUUUGCAACGCAAACGAACUAGACUUUGGCAACAUUACGACGGUUCCCGGUGAAACCUACCCAGACCGUGGUUUAAGGGUUGUUUCGGUGGGGAAUGUGUCACGGGAGCUUUGCUGCGGUACGCAUGCCAUUACCACGGGCGAGUUGCAAGAUUUUGCCAUCACAAACGUAACCCAAUCGAAGAGCGGAUGUUUUACCUUCCAUGCCGUGGCAGGCCAGGCCGCGAAGAAAGUCCACUACCUGGGUCGGCAGAUACAGAACGACGUUGAGCAGCUUCGGCAGGAUGCGGGGCAAAAUGAACGGCAGGAAGAACUCACCAUCAUCGAGUCGCGAAUGCAACGGCUCAAGAACGUCCUGCUGACCGGAAUGGACAACAAUAUUCACCUUCCCUACUGUGUUCGGCAGCGCUGCCUGGAGGUAAUCAAUACGCUGUAUCAAGCUUUAAAGAAUCGCUCACGGGAGUCACUACGUGAACUUGUUGACAUUGAAAUGCGUAACCUCAUCGAACAGAAACCCCCAGCGACCGAUCGGUACAUUGUGCACUUUCUCGAGUGUUCCAUCAUCCUCGACGAUGUGCAGCUGAGCAAAGCGACCCGCUACUGUCCCGAUCGACCGAUCCUGGUUAUCAGCAUAACGGACAAUCAGAUUAAGGCACGGGCAACGGUACCGCGGUCCAUGGUAAGCGAGCGGUUCAAUGCCGAAAGAUGGCUCACCGAGGUGGCCAACACGUUCAAAGCACAAACGGCUGCGCCGAAAGGACAGAAUGCCGCUGAAGUGUGUAACAUGAAGAGCCGGAAGGUGACGAAGAUGGAUUUUGAAUCUAUGCUGGAAAAUGCGCUCCGAGCAGCGAACAAGUUUGCGGAAGGAAAUUUUCAUUAGUGCCUCGUAAAUGGCUAAUGGAGACAAGUUGAAUAUACGUUGUUUUGUUAUCCUUA